AUUCGAAGAGUUUAAUUGGUUCCAAAGAAGGUUUUUUAUUCUGAAAUACAUACAUACGUCGACGACCUCGCCUUUUGGACUGGCGCAAUCAUAACUACAACUAUUAACUAAAUCAGCAGCAACCAUCAAUGCGCUUCCUCAGUAACCGACGACAUGUCCCUUAACCAAUCAUCUCUGCACUUGAUGAAGCUUCCUAUUGAGCCGAGAUGUGCCAUUUGGGAAUUGUCUUCUCCGAGCGGCCCGAUACGCCUCGACCUACGUGAAGAGUAUAACAUCACUGACCGGGACGCAAUUGCAAUCUUCCGUCUGCCGGCCAAGCAGUGCAACCACGUUUCCAAGCAACAACGACAUCGCUACACGAUCAUGAUGGUCAACAGAGAAUCCCGAGAAGAGGCGAAAAAGGUUUUCGAUAUCGUCGACCUAAACCCUAUACCCCUAUUUCUCCGGGAGCAGGAGCGCAACAUUCUGCACUCUGACAGGCAGAAGAUCACGGGCAGAAGACUUGCAAUUGGCCAGAAAAGAGAUCUGAUUCACCUCAACCUCGCCCACACUCCCAAUCUGGAGAACCUACAGGGCAAGCUCAGCCACAAUAUCCGUUGGGAUAGGGUCACAAACCUGGCCAUCGACGGGGACAACGACUGGCUCCGCGACGACAACUACAGGCCCCUGCCCCACGGACAGCAGAGAAGCUUCGCGCGGAGAUGUCUCGCCAUAUGGCGAGAGCAGUUUCCGUGUCUCGAGAAAGUCUACAUCGCAAACACCACGAUACCGACCCAGCUAUCGCUGGAGUACCGCGACCUCGACUGGCGGUCCUUCGUCGACUCGCUUCCGCGCAACGAGCACGGCUUCACCCGAAACCCUGCGAAGGUCAUGAAGAGGUGGGACCUGUUCCUCCGGAGCUGCAGCACCAGUCACGUGGAGGAUCUGGUUGACCACCAUUGCGUGUAUGGACCCUGGUGGCGCCACGACUUGUGCGGUGCUACGCGGACCGUGAAGGCUCUGAGAUCUGCGGUCAAGGAGACCAAGAGCAGGGUUAACGUGGAGAUGGUGGUGGAUAUGAAUCUCCUGUAGUCGUUUGGUCUUGGGGGCUCUGAGGCGUAUUUCAGACGGGGCAUUGCCGAGGCCAGAACUGGUUGUAUCUCGAAGAUCCAAGAGUGGCCGAUUGGAAUGACGGUUGGGUUCCAUCAGGGGUUUGAUGACUGGCCGCAAAAACGGGCCGAGCGACCGGAGCGCUUUUCUACUGUCGAAUGACCGCACAACGUUGUACGACGGAUGAAUUAUGAGCCUAAAUUCCCAGCCGUCUGCCAGGAAAGAAAUAAACUUGAAAAUAAUGAUGGUGUAAAACUCGAGGCUCUAUCGCUCGACAGGUCCAGCACGUCGGUUUUCCCUCCGAGCGCUGCUUGGAGAUGGUUCUAUUGAAUUUACCGUAAUCCAGAAGUGGAAUUCGUUAAGAAAACUUUAAAAUAAUAAUAAUGGAUCAAAUAAGUGAUGGC